UUUUGUACCUUCUAGGUGUGUAUUGAAAAAAGCAGAACAAGUAUUACUUCAAAGUCUGGGGCCUUUAGGGUUUCCUUUUUGUAGUGUUUGUAAAGACACGAGUUGAAUGACACUUUUAGGUCAAUAUGAAUAAAAAAGAAUUGAUCCCCUAAGUACAUCCAUUCAGUUUAAAAUCAAUUUAAGUGAAUUUUAGUUUUGUUUUUUAGAUUUUUUUUUACUCUUAUACUUGGUCUUAUCUUAUAUUCAGAGUUGCAAAAUCACAAAACAAACAUAUAAAUAGGUGUACUCUACCUCAUUAGUAAAGGCUAUGAUAGUAUGAUGUGGGAUACGGAUGGUUUUGGUGGAAAAACCAAGAAGUUUAUAUACCAAAACUGCUCACGACUACAUCUCGUGUGAGUCUAUUUUGACAGAAUAAAAGAUAAACAAGGAUGCGUUCAAUGACAACCACUGACAUAUGUGCUGGAAGUAAUCAGUUAACAGGAUCACUCUUUAAACGGACACAACUGUAUUCUUGUCAGGAAUUUGUAGAAAUAGGCCAGAAUAUUGAUUCUAGUACUUUGGCUAAGACCCUAUAUGUACUGUUGAUGAAGUCUUGGCAUUAUUUGUGGGUUUGAGGUUUGUUUAUGGCUCCUCAGACCGCUGUGUAUUGCUAUCGUGUGGUCGUAACUAAAGUUGGUAUAACUAGAGAAGCAAGUGGUCGGCAACAUUCAUCUCUUGAGGGGGUGUCUAACUCUGUGUUUUGGUGUGUUUGAACCUAAUUAAAUUUUAGGUCGGAAUAUCCCUUUAAGGCUGCCAUAGACAGAUGUUUUUUUCUGCCUUUAACUGGACAAACUCAUAAUUUUCUUCAUUUUUGUUGGUAAAAAUCUCAGAAAAUAGCUGAAUCACAGAAUACACAGUACAGAGACACUGGAAAAUACCUUGACCCACUAACAUUUUGAUGAGGUAACCAGUGGUGAUUUUGGAACAAGAUUUUAAAGAAACAGGCAACCGACAAGUAAAAUCAAGCGAUAUCUAAAGCGCCACCUGUUAUUCGCUUUUACUCUGAAAGAGCUUCGUAGUAUUUCCGGUUUGCGCAACUCAAUCUUUCUGACUUGACGCGCCUCUCUCGCACUGGGAGGGUGAAGCCGCAUAAAAGCGUCCCCAUAAUGCGGGCGUGAAGUGCUCCAUGUAGAGGGGACGCAGGAGGAGGAGGACCGCGGAGGGUUUACACCGGCUUCACACCGAGCCUGACAGUCAGGCCCCGGGGCAAAGAAGCAAGAGGGAUUAAAAAGGAGGAAAAAAAAACAAAAACAUGUCGAACCGAAAGCACCGGGACAACCAGGAGAUCUGCGCCCGCAAGGUUCGCGAGCUGGCCCAGUCUGGAGUAAACAAACACUGCUUCGAGUGCAGCCAGCCCGGGGUGACUUACACCGACAUCACGGUGGGCAGCUUCGUCUGCACGUCGUGCUCCGGAAUGCUGUGAGUGAAACCCCCCUCCUCCUCCUGCCGCGCCCCCUGGGUCUAUUUACUGCACAUUUUUAGCAUCAGUGUGUGAGGACAAACACAUAAUAGAGCAGUAGAGUUAAAGUACCAGGCCUGAUAUUGCACCAUGCACCACCCAGAGCCAGAUUGACGUGGUUUUCUUGAUUUUUCUCCAGCGGUUUUGGCGGUGCAGAGAUUAAUUUACGCAGUGUCCACCUCUCUGUCUCUCUCGUGCAUUUCCUCCAACAGCUUCAGACCGCUAUAGCUGGUCAUUUUCCAGCUCUGAGUUACGGUUCAUUUCGUCAUGGUGCAGGUUUGACACUACCCCUCUCUCUCUCUCUCUCUCUCUCUAGGCUCCUCUCCAAUGUGGGCGAGUGUAUACCUACCGUAUUAGUGUGUGUGUGUGUGUGUGUCACAUUUUAAUCUGCAUGUAGUCCCAACACUCCUCAGGAAGGUGGUUCCAGCACUUUUAUUGCGCAAUCUUGCACACCUCCAUCAGGGUGUCCCACUUUGUGUCCCCCUUCCCCCCCAGCAUGGACUAAAUAGGAGGUUCUGGUUUCUGGAAACAUGUUGCUCAGUAUUUUAUUCACCGGUUCUGCCUUGUUAUUCAGUCACAUGACCAACAUUUCCUCUCCCACCUGCUCUUGUCCUUGUGGAGGAAUCACUGCACGCCUUUUCGGUUUUAUUUACUGCCUGUUUUUACCUGUGAAUUCCUUCUCUCCAUCUCUCCUCUGUGUCCCAGGAGAGGCCUCAACCCUCCUCAUAGAGUCAAGUCCAUCUCCAUGACAACCUUCUCCCAACAGGAAGUGGAAUUCCUCCAAAAUCACGGCAAUGAGGUGAGUGACGUUGACAAAAUCGAGGUCCUACCUUCAUUUUUGGCCUUAACACAGAUUCUGAAACGUCCCUUAUGGCUCAGCUAGCCUUUCUUUUCGGGCCAGCUCACACAAGAGCCAAGAAACAAAAGGACCGGCCUUGCCUGUCCCACCCAAACCACUAUCCACUUCCUGCGUAUGUGUGUGUGUUUACGCUUGUGCUUCCCGAACCGUUUUGAACUAAGGCAGUGAGAAAACAAUGGUGGAACCACACAGAUACAAAUAUAAAAAUUAUUAACUUGUAUUUAAAAACCACAGGCAGCUUUUACGACGACUGAUAUAGCAUUUUAUAAUAAUAAUAUCAAUAAUAAACCACGAUGUCGAGCAUAAACAGAAGGAAACUCAAAAUAUAAUGCGCAUUUAGCUCUUGAACAUAUCACUUCUUAUCACUUCUUGUUGCAUUUUAGUGAAAAAUAAUACAAAACGGCUUCUUCCCGCAACUGUUUUGCCAGCUGCUGGUGUGGGCAGCACCCUCUGUGGAGCUUAUAUCACCCGAAUAAAACAGUGAAGUGUUUCAGGCCAUCAAGAUAAGUGCUCUGCGUUUAGUGUAGGACAGGAUGUUUGUGUGCGUCUGAGUAUGUGCGAGUGAGUCAAGUAUAAUGUGAGCAGAGGUAUAUCCUCCUGGUUUUCUCUCCACAUCAUCCUCUGGAGAGGAGAGCGAUCCAUAUAGGCGUGAAUCACAGGCGCUGAUAUCUGCCGCACUCUGACUCUUGAACCGGAUGUGAGUCAGUGGUGGGAAAAUCUGUUUGUGAGAGAUCCUCUGUCUCUAAAUAUCCAUAAAGUGAGACCUUUUGUUUGAUUUCUGUCACCAUUUCUUUUAAUUGCACAUGUGUGUGUGUUUGUGUGUGUAGGUUGGGAGGAGGACUUGGCUGUGUGUGUUUGACCCAAAGACGGACGGCUGCUCCGACAUGAAAGACUCUCAGAAGUUCAAAGAGUUCCUUCAGGACAAAUAUGAGAAGAAGAAGUGGUGAGAGUUUUGGUUCUGUCUGCAGUAUAUGAUCAGAAAGGGCUUGUUAAGGCUCAGAGUGAAGUAAAACAUAAAAAAGUUGUUUUGAAGAUAUCAAGAGACAUGCAAAUCACGACUUCCUGCAUCCAAAUGUUGCACAAAUUGCUUAUUUUUUCUGUAAACUGUCCAGAUCUUCCAAAUGUUUAAUUCAUAUUUCAAGCUGGGAGCUGCGAGGAACUGUUGUUUUAUCAAUCUUGGCAUCUGCUGUGACCGAAAUUGCACCUUAUCUCCUCACUGAUGCAUGUUGUGUCACGUUUUCUGAAGCAACAGUGUCACAAAAGUCUAAUACAUAACUAACUGUGAAACACUGUCAGGAAAUGGGAUGUUAGAACAUUACACAAAAAGCAUAUUCACACAAAACAUACUUUAAAAUUAAUAUCAUUAUUGAUAUAUUAAAGCUCCUGUAAGCAACUUUUGGUUUGUGCCAGUUUUGGCGCCCCCUGAUGAAAAAUUUUACCCAGCUCACUUUUGUAAGUCAUUUUUUUGAAUAUUUAAUGUGGAAGAUGUAAAAACAGGCUGUUUUUAAAGCUACUUGGCUGACACCUACCGCCUCACGCCUGAUUCGCUGUAUUAAAACCAUAGACUGUAUAUAGAAUGGACCCUCUGUUGACGGGCUGCAGUAAAGGUCAUAAAUCCCGCCUCCUCCAGCAAAGCUUAUAGAGCUGUGGACAAACUUUAGAAAUUUAUUACACAGAACAUACAUUUUUCUCCCCCCUGUUUGCGAUGUUGACAUGUAGUUAUUGUCAGACUGGUUUGUGAUCAAGUCCUCUUUUUUCUGUGAAGCUCCGCUUUUAAAAGUUAUGAAAACGGGGUUCAUGUCUUACUAUGAUUGACACUUGAUACAGCCUAUUGGCAUUCAAGGAUUGCGUAGCUCACCCGGGGGAAUACGCUGUUUGAGGCGAGCGUCAUCACAGCGACUCUCCCGCUGAAUGCGUACAAUGCUACUGCGCAACGCUGGUUUCAGGAAAUGAAGAAAAAUCGCAGAAAUACCGAGAGCUUUUUGGCUUCAAAUCCAUAUACUGGCAGGAGGCGGAACCAAGUUGUCCAUAGUAUAUACAUAUGCCUGCUACCAGCGAAUCCCAGUCCUUCUGAUUUUACAUGAUUAAAAUGACAACAAAAAGUUGAUAAAUAUUGUCGCUGAUCGUCUUAUUUGCUUCUCAGUAUCAUAUAAGAUGUCAACAUGAAUUUCUGUUUCUGUUUCAUUGACAUCAAAAAACUCCUAGGAGCUUUAAGUAACAAUAUUACAGGUCAUUUGUAGUGCGACAUGCCAGCCUCGCUUUGAAACGCGUCACUGAUGAAAAUAUUUUACAGCAACUGGGAUGAAUUAAUUGAACGACCUUUGCAUUGGCGCAUGCUGCGUUUUCGCAGACAGCGUUGCACCCAUGAGUGCAUAUACUAUGGACAGCUUGGUUCCGCCUACCGCCAGUAUACGGAUUUGAAGCCGAAAAGCUCUAAUUCCACUCUAAUUUUUUUCUCCAUUUCCUGAAACCAAUAUUGCGCAGUAGGGUUGUACGCAUUUGGCGGGAGAGUCGCAGACUCACUGUGAUGACGCUCGGCUCAAACCCCGUAUCCCCCUGGGUUAGCUUCCCAGAAGAUUAGCGCAAUCUUCAUAUGCCCAUAGGCUGUAUCAAGUGUCAAUUAUUGAAAACAUGAACCCCCUAAUAACUUUUUAAAAUGGAGCUGUACAGAAAAAAGAGGACUUGAACACAAACCAGUCUUACUGUAACUACAUGUCAACAUCGCAAGACGCGGGGAAAAAAAUGUAUAUUCUGUGUAAUAAAUUUCUAAAGUUUGUCCACAGCUCCAUAGCGAUUGCUGGAGGAGGCGGGAUUUAUGACCUAUACUGCAGCCUGUCACCAGAGGGCGCUGUUCUCGGAGUGGCUUCACCCUGUGAGGAGGCAGACGGCGUCCAUUCUAUAUACAGUCUAUGGUUGCGUCCCAGAAUGAGCUAGAAACCUUCUCACAGGCUAAAUAGCUAGCAUGCUAACUGGAGCAUUUACUAAUUACUGAAUCGGCUGUAUGCUAGCUUUGCCGUUAGCCUCAUCUGUGCUGUGUUUAAAUCAAUUAAUUAGCAUAAUCUCGCUACCAAGCUAAUUAAAGUUUAUCAGAGGCGUUACAGUUCCAUGUAAUACCCCAUAGUUAAAUGCAAUUGUGUUAGCAUGCUAAUAGCAGAGCAGUCAGAGGUGUUUUUGCUGCGAAAUGAUUCAUAAUUUGUUUAAUUGUCUUCGAUUAAUUCUCCGCUUAAUUAAUUCCUGAACUCAAUGAGGCAUAAUGCAGAAAAAUGAGAUCCAAACAACAUCAGAUGACGUUUAUUCAGAACCGAGACGCUAAAUGGAGACGCCCACUCAGAAAAAGUCAUUCAGGAUAAUAGCUGCUGUCAUGCUGUGAAUAAAAGAACCAUCAUUAUUUAGGGUUUAGUUUCAGGAUCCCAGAAAUGUUCCUUGUCAUGAGGUUUGGUAGGUGGAAUACUGAUUAAACAUCAAACUUUAAUGCUGCUUCUUAUGAAGACACUUACUCAUACUGACUCUCUUUUUAGGCAUUUUUCUAAAAGUAAGAACCGGAGGGAUGUGGAGGGUCCUUGGAGCCCAGGGGUCCAGGCUGUUCCCUCUUCGCACGGUCCUUUAGGAGGCCAGGCCCCGUCUCACAACAUGCCCCCCAAUGCCAGGUCUGCGAGGCCGCUGGUAAGAGAGCUUUAUGUUUCCUGGAGGAUCAUGUAAUGGCCUGAGAGCGUAAUGGAGAUGAAAGUGAGAUUGAGGAGCGAAAGUGUUGGAAAAAAAGAGGAAGUGAGAGCAGACGAGUAGUUCAAAGAGUGUCCAAAAAAAGAAAGAGAGGAUAUAAGGUAGGGAGGCGACCUGGAUUCACUGCUGCACAGAGACAGAGACUGAUGAGUCGGACAGUGAGCGGGCCAGGUAUCCUCCACAUCAAAGCCUCUGCUUAUGAAUUAUUGAGAAACCAUAAAAGAGACUCACUUCUUCUGCCUUUGUGUGUCUCUCCACCUCCACCUCCCAUCUGCCUCUUCCUCUGCCGCUCCACCUCCUCCUCUUCUUUAGUCUCAGUCCCAAAUGCCAUCAUGGGAUCGCGCUCCUGCGAUCUCUCCCGCCGACAUGCGAACGGAUGUGUUCACGGCUCGGCCGUCGCGCUCCCAAAGCUUCAGAGACCCGCCGCUGAAAGGUCAGAGGUCGCUCUCUAUCAGAAGGGGUGAUAUCUUCGGACUGAUGCGAUCGAUUCUUUCACCUUUCGCCGUGUUUCUGUUUUGUCUUUCUCUGAUGUAGAUCCGUCCCUGUGUGGGAUCGAGAGACAGCGGCCAGGCUCGCUGACGUCAGGGUUGGGAGCUCAGAGUCACGCCCCGUCCUUCCCCGCCCUCCCACGACCUUCAGGUGCCCCUCUUUCCUGUUUUUUCUACAGAUAUUUCACUGUUUUCCUAGAACUUUAUCGAUAACGAACUGCUAACUUACAGAUAUCUCCACUCCUAAUUCCUUCUAUUUCACCUCAAUGGAGGCUGAUUCAGUUGCAUGAAUGAAGAACAGGUGCUUCAUCCUUUUCCUUUUUCCCUUCAGCUCAUUUCUAGUUUGUAAAAAUUUGGCAUUGCAGAGUGUUACAGUCGUCCAGAUUGUGCAGAAUAUUUUGAUAUCGACACGUUCUGCUCGUCGCUGCCUCAGAGUGUAACUUUGAGAUGAGAAAAAUGUGACUAAGGCUUCAGUCAUGAUUUUCAUUCUGAAGUGUUUUUUGUCUCUUUGGUUUUAAAACGGCUCCAUAUCUCCACCCAAGCACGCUGGAUUUCUUUCUCAACGGCGUUUUCUCUUCUCUUCCCCCUCCUUUUUAAUUUCCCUCUCCUUCUCUCCUCUGUCUCUCCUCCUCUCCCUCAAACUCAUAGCCAGUAGCUCUUUCAAAAACCACUUCACUUUAGGUAAGACUUGGCACCGUUUGAUGCAUUUGAGUGUGUGCUGAAUGGCUGGGAUCAAUAAGCUCCUCCAUGCUGUGUCCUUUUUUAUAAUGAGGCAGCCAAUCUGUGCGCUCCAUGUGCGUGUGAGUUUAGCUUAACUUUAAGCUGUGUGACGGAUGACACAACGCUGUGUAUUCAGAAAGCUCCCCCUGCUCGUGCCACACGCUGACAUUUGAGUUGAUAUUUUUCCUCAUCAAAGCCCAGAUAUAAAACCCCGGAGGGUCAAGGAGACACACCAGGAGGAAAAAAAAGACCAAGUUUGUGCUAUUUUUAGUCAAGCUGCUGCCCCCCCCCCGUCAGCUGAGGGCUGCUGAUAUCUCUCUCCACGUUGGCGUUGAAGCACUUAAAAAGUCUGUGGGCUGCAGCUGUAAUCCCACCGAACACAUUAACAUCCCAAACAAGUACUCCAAGAAGUUUGAAUACGUUAGCAGAGAUAAGCGCUAUCUUUAGCCCUGUGGUAGAAAACUAUCGUAUCUCCAAAGCAUGACAUGCUUCAUGAUCAAAUCAAGUCUAGUCCCUGUCACUGACACCUCACCAGACGGAGGAAUCAAGCUAUCUUAAAGGGAUAUUCCGAGAUUUUUGAGAUUUUUACCAACAAAAAUUAUAAAUUUUAUGAGUUUGUCCAGUUGAAAGCAGAAAAAAACAUCUGUCUAUGGCAGCUUUAAAUGGAUAUUCCAGUGUAAAAUUAAUUUAGGGUCAAACACACCACAACACCAGUUUGACACCCCCUCGAGAGAUGAAUGUUGCUGACUGCUUGCUUCUCUAGUUAUACCAACUUUAGUAACGACCGCACGAUAGCAAUACACAGCGGUCUGAGGAGCCAUAAACAAACUUCAACUAAAACAUCACUCUAUAGCCGCAAAUAAUGCUCAGAACAGCACCUAACUUCAUCAACAGUACAUACAGGGUCCCAGCCAAAGGACUAGCCACCAAACAUCUUUUAACUUUGCCUAAUUUCUUUAGCAAAGAGACUAAACACAACUCACCCACUCUCUUCCAGCAGCUGCUUGUAUGUACAGAGACCUCGGGCGAGUCCAUUACGGACUACAGCGGGGGGACGCAGCUCAAGGAAGAACAUUUAUGAUCAUUUCUUCAUGGAAAUGCAAUCAGACCGAGAUGCUAAGGCAGAUGAACUACUGCGUCUUUAGUGCAAAAUGACUAAUAUAGUGAUUAUUACUUCAAGGAAGUGAUUAAGAAAUGAUCAUAAAUGUUCUUCCUUGAGCUGCGUCACCCCACUGUAGUCUGCAAUGGACUGGCCUUAGGUCUCGCUACAAAAAAGUGGCUGCUGGAGGAGAGUAGGUGAGUUGUGUUUAGUCUCUUUGCUAAAGAAAUUAGGUAAAGUGAAAAAGAUGUUUGGUGGCUAGUACUAUGACUGGGACCCUAUAUGUACUGUUGAUGAAGUUAGGUGCUGUUCUGAGCAUUAUUUGUGGCUAUAGAGUGGUGUUUUGGUUGAGGUUUGUUUAUGGCUCCUCAGACCUCUGUGUAUUGCUAUCGUGCGGUCGUUACUAAAGUUGGUAUAACUAGAGAAGCAAGCAGUCAGCGACAUUCAUCUCUUGAGGGGGUGUCUCACUUGGUGUUACAGUGUGUUUGACCCUAAAUUUAUUUUACGCCAGAAUACCCCUUUAACCCCCCCUUUGAUUCUCACUGGUAUCCUCAUGGGAACACUUCAGCUCAUGCUGGCAUGUUUUGUGGCAAGUGUUUGUUGUCAGCUUGCUCGCCUGCUACCAGCGAAUCCCAGUCCUUCUCUUUUGUGUUUUUUUGCUUUAAAUUGUGCUCAAAACUUUCUGCUUUGACGUUUGAUUUUUUGUGAAUGCUCAAGCUCAUGAAGCUAACCCUACAUCUGAUGAUUCUUGUAGCAUGGAAAUGUUAAGCAUGGGCUGUAUUUAUGAGUUAUUAUGAAGUUGUCUGGCUUUAAGCUCUUCCCUUUUUAAUUAUUACAGUUGUCUUUAAGACUUAACACAAUUUCUACACGCCAGCUAAACUCGUCCAAGAAGACUGAAUGUUUUUCAGCUGCUGUUUUCAAAGUCAUGAACCAACAAGAAGGCGAAGUUCUUUAAACCUCAGAAAAAUGGAAAUUUCCCCAUCUCCUUAACGACCUGUCAAACCUCUGCUAAUGAAGGCCGUGACUAUGGAAACCUCAAAACUCGUCACUAAACGUCCCUCAAGGGAGAUUGUUGAGAUUGUUUUCCCCCCGUGAGGUCCGUAGUUCAUGCUGGACCCUGGAAACAGCAGCUGAGAAAACAAUAUCACUUCAGUCCAUUUAAUCUUUUAGUCCCCCCCGGUCUGGGGCUUUGGAUUAUAUCCCAUGAUCUUCCUCAGUUGAUUGAGUAGAUGAAGAUUAUGUGAGAUGAUCAGAAGCUCCUGAACACGUAAAAAAUGAUCCACGUCUGGUUUGAUUUUUAUGAGUACUUGUUGGUUUUCAAUAGUCGAUUCAUGGCAGAAAAGGGAACGUUUAGUGGCUUUCUUGAAAUUUUAAUCAUUUUAUGAACGUCUUCAGCAGGUUGAGAUGUUAUUUUAUCAUGAUGGAAUAUACAUUUGAGCAUCUAGAUUAUGAAAAUCCUGUGAUCUGUAGAUGUUUUCAGUCAUUUUUAUGUUAAAAAACUAUUAAAUUAAUGUUUGUUGGUUGGCAACAUUAUUAUAGAUAAGGUGAUUUUGACCCUUUAGGUUUUAAAGCCCCAAACUGCAACAUCCCAGCAGCCAUCUGUCCGUAAACUCAGUCCGGUCCUCUCCCUCACAGGUCGUACAGUCUCAGCCUCAGGGGCCACGGGUCCCUUCAGGGCUUUCCCCAAGUCACUCAGCGUGGACUUUGGAGGUCUGAGCCACCCUCAGACACACUCUCUGCCUCAGUCUCUGUCCCAGCAGCAGCAGACGCAGCCGCCGCAGCAACAGCAGCAGACGACGGCGACGCAGGUCGGCAGCUCCAACUCCCAGGACAGAUACGCCGCCGUGUCACAUCUGGACAGCGUCUUCUCCGACACGACAACACCCACAGGUGGGAAAUGAUGAAGUUGUGAGUGGAUGCUUUAAAGGGAUAUUCCGGCGUAAAAUUAAUUUAGGGUCAAACGCACCAUAACACCGAGUUGACACCCUCUUGAGAGAUGAAUGUUGCGGAUCAUUUCUUCAUGGAAAUGCAAUCAGACCAAGACGCUAAGGCAGAAGAACUACCACAUCUGCAGUGCAAAAUGAUUAAUAUGGUGAUUAUUGCUUCAAGGAAAUGAUAAAGAAAUGAUCAUAAAUGUUCUUCCUUGAGCUGCGUCACCCCGCUGUAGUCCAUAACGGACUGGCCUGAGGUCUCGUUACAAACAAGCAGCUGCUGGAAGAGAGUUGGUGAGUUGUGUUUAGUCUCUUUGCUCAAGAAAUUAGGCAAAGUUAAAAAGAUGUUUGGAUGUAUGUACUGUUGAUGAAGUUAGGUGCUGUUCUGAGCAUUAUUUGUGGCUAUAGAGUGGCAUUAAUUUGAGGUUUGUUUAUGGCUCUUCAGACCGCUGUGUUUUGCUAUCGUGCGGUCGUUAUUAAAGUUGGUAUAACUAGAGAAGCAAGUGGUCGGCAACAUUCAUCUCUCGAUGGGGUGUCUAACUCAGUGUUACGGUGUGUUUGACCCUAAAUUAAUUUUAUGCCGGAAUAUCACUUUAAUAUGUGUGUUUUAAUCAGAAUCAGAAUUCGUAUUUGACAGAUAAAGUUACUUCAUAUUUUUAAAAUCACAGUCAGAGAUGUAUAAUCACACGAUCUCUCAUGUUAAAUGUCUGAUUCAGAAGUGCAGUGGUGUUAUAUUCCAUUAUGGUGGUUGCAGGAAGCAGGAAGAUGCAGAGGCAUUUAAACUACGGUUUCCUGAAAGGGGAAAAAGUAGCUUCAUAUUUUAGAAACUGACAUCUGUUAUGCAAUUUUAAAACCUGUUUUAAUCUGCUUGUUCUAGCCUCAUUAAUGUGGUUAUUUUUAUUUUAUUAUAUAUUGUUCUAAAGAAAAAAGCAACUCUUUGAAACAGUAAAGAGCAUAAUCUGCAUUUUUCAGACUGAUACAAAGCAGUUAAAAGUGUUUUCGUGUUAUAAAAUCCACGUACGAUCGCAGAAUACGGAUGGAUCAACUUGUGUCAAAGUGGUUUCACAUCAUUGAACUUACACUUCAUUCAAACACCCGCCUGCUUCCUCCACGGCGUAUUUAUAGAAAGUUAUGGCGAGAGUUAAAGUUUCCGUGCGAUGCAGAUUGUCACGGCCAGCUCGACCAGGUUGCAUAACAUCCUUACUCCAAAUACCAAGGCUUUUAACGGCUGAAUUAUGCUCAUUGUGUUUGCUCCAGAUCAUGUUCAGUCUCAUUCAAAGGGCCUUGUUUAUACCCUCUAAAAGAAAAAAAAAAUCAGCUGUACUUGUUUAAGAGCCGAGACGCUGGUUUUAACGCUCAGGACUCAUGUGAGAAGCCCUCCAGCUCUCGACAAGAAGCUUUGUUGUUCUUCAUCGCAGCCUCCCUUCCCCGGCCCGCCACAGUAAUGAAGUUAUUGAUUUUCUGCCCUCAUGCUCCCUUUGAUUCAUAUCAAGACCAACACAUAUUUUAUUGAGGGGAUUUGUUCUGCUUUUGUCCUCUGAUGAUUUAAAUGCUUGAAGAUCAACUCUUUGAGCUCUUUGUGGGGUUUUUAUACACUUCAGGCUGAUAGCGGCAGCAUUUGAUCUCUUUAUGAGUGCUCAUUAAAGCAGCAUGGUUGUGUUUUGGUCUGUGUGAAAUUCUGGUCCCACAGCUCCCCCUGCUGGUCCUCCGCAGUACAGCACCCUGUUUGGAAACCGACUCUCCUCCAGCUCAACUCCUGCCAGGUGAGAGGACGACCUUUAAAUAUCCUUUUAUCAAAUUUCAGUUUAAAUUCUCUUUUCAAACUUAAAUUUGUUUUUUUUCUCAGCUAGAUCACCUUUUAAAGCCCCAGUGAGCGGUUUUUGAUGUUUAUGAAAUACACUGAAUUCCAUAUAAAUACCUUUUGAUGACAAAGACGAACAUCAGAAACAAGAUUGAUGAUUUUAUAUCAGGAUUUUUAGGGUAGGUAAAAAAAGGAUAAAUAUGUCUGUUGAAGGUCAAAACGACAAGAUUUCUUUGUCUUAAGACACUACUUUAAGUUUAGCACUGACUUCUUUGUCCAAAGGGGCCGCCAACAUUGAAACAAACUGAAAGUUACACUCAGGAGCUUUAAUUAUCAUUUUUAUUUUAAAGGGAUAUUCUGGUACAAAAUUGAUUUAGGGUCAAACACACCAUAACACCGAGUUACUGAUGGUUUUUUCGUUGUUUUUCUGCUGUCCCCACAGCUCUCCUGGUGUCGAUUCGGUCUCCAGUUCCCAAACCUUUGCAAGUAAGUCCCGAGCACGAACCACAUUGAUCCUCCUGCUAACCUGCUCUGUAUUUACCUGCAGCUUUUCCUCUUUGACUCCCUGUAAUUAGGAUGCAUGUGUGGAACUCAGAGCAGACAGGAAUGUACCGCCACUCACUGUGAAUUAUCUCCCCCCUCUCCCUCUCUCUCUCUCUCUCUCUCUCUUUCUCUCUUUCUCUUCUUGGGUGUCUCAGAUUUCCCGAACCCAUUCAGCUCCAGCUCCAACUCGGCCUCCCAGCAGCCCCCUGCCCUCUCCCCCAGUAACCCCUUCAGCAACGCCUCAGGAGGUGAGACUCAUGUUCAGGGGCCCAAAGACGUUUAACAUUUAGACGGAAAAGGUCACGAUGUCACAUGUCUUCACAUACUUAUUGAUUUUCUUGUUGUUUCUUGGAGACUUUGUUGUUACUGUUUUAUUUUCUUUGUGUGUAAACAAAGUUUGAAGAGAGAUACAGUCUUAAAGGUACAGUACAGUAUGUUGCACUUUCAUGUUUCUACGGCAGCUCAGAGCAGACAAACUGGUCUCAUUUGCCUUUUCGUAUUCAGUGAAAAGCAGAAGAAGAGAGUGGUUGUUGCUCACAAAAAACUUGAUAAUUUGGAGGGUCAUACAUGUUAUGCAUCACAGGAGCUUCUUGUCCCUUAAAAGACCAACAGUACUUUGCAGGUUGGAGGGGUGAGCAAGGGAGCAACAACAGAAUUUUGUCCCUUGAUAUCCCUAAAUAUCUACAUCUACACACUGUAUCUUUAAUUCAUGUUGCAAACCUCCACUGUUCCUGUUAAAUUCAGCUUAACUCAGAGCAGUUACAGCUCAGUGUUCCUGCAGAACUCUUCCUGCAGCUUCAUUUUAAAUAAUUAAAUCAUAUCAUUUAUUGAUGUCGCCGCUCUGCAUGAGACCAGUCUUUUCUCCUAGUUUACCUGUGUCUAAUGUAACUGAGUGUGUUUCUCUUCUCCAGGUGACUCCAGUGCGUUUGUCACAUCGCCCACCUCUGUGUUCCCUCCGUCCACCCACUGCCCACCUCCAGCCUCCCAGAAUGCAUUUCCUCAUGAGUCAGCUGGCAGUCAGGAAGCAAAUGGUUUGUAAAUGAUCAUGACUAAUAAUGGGCUAAUUCACUUCUCUCUUAAAGUUGGUACCUUAAUGGUUCGUUUAGUCUCAAAAUAAGCAUUGACACUAUUUUUUUUUUAUUGAAGUAUGCUCAGAAAUCAGCGACUCAUUCUUGUGCUGAAUGUCAUGAAAGUCGACUGAACUUACAGAGAAAUUUAAACAAAAGUAAGGGCAUGGUCACACAUGAAAAAAGGGACACUGCAUGCUGUGAAUGUGGGGAAUGUGAACAGGCCCUUAACACGUGAUUCUUUACUUUUGGCCACAAAUCAACAGUAUAUAUGUUGCUACAUACUGGUGGGUUAAAUGACAGCUUUACAUCCAUCAAUAGAACAUGCUGCACACUGGUAUAUUUCUGUAUAGAUUAAUCUGUAGAUAUAGCUGCCAGUGAGACGUGAUGAAUGUGAUCGAGCUGCAGAUCAAAGACUGGUGAGCUGAGAAGCAUCAGCACGUCUCAAGUGUUUCAUUAUAUCAGCAGUGACCACUCGACACAGUACAGGAAUACAAAUUCACAGAGCCACUGCAGAACUCAUUAAGGGUCUCUGGUUUCAGUCUUCACUUUAUUUUCACUUUGUUUAUUUUCAGUCCUGUUAUCUAUCUUGUUGUGUUUUUGUCUUUCAGGUUUCGCCUCUUUUCCUGCUCCUGACUCUCAGCCCAAAGUCCCUCGACCAAUGUCGGUGAACCCAUUUACGGUAGGUUCAAGGCCCCGCAGAUAGGGGCUCCUAAGUGUCCCGCCAACUGUACCAGGCGUAUUACAAUCCUCUUAGCUUACUUGUUUUUUGCCAUUCUGUAAUUUAAAGGUCCUGUGAGUUUUGUAAAGCUGGUUAUGAAACAGAAUGAAUUCAUUUUGAUGCCUAUUUAUGAGUCACAGAAGCAAAAAGGUCAUCAAAAGGAAAACUGUUUAUCUUUGUUGAGGUAAAUUUAGUGCCUCAGGGUAGGUGUCAAAAACAGCCUUUGUUUACACUUAUAUUUGGUGAUAGAUUUGACUGUUUAAGUUCACCAGGAUGGGGUGUUUUCAUUGCUUUGUUAAGAGGGGGGUGCUAAAAUCAAUGCAAACAAAAAGUUCCCUGUUGGAGCUUUAAAUUUGGAUUAUUUAUCAUUUUACUCCAAAUAAUACCAAUGAUGCAGAUACAAUCAUGUUACAGUAAAAAGGAAAACGAACCUCUUUAAAAACAAAACACGUAAAUGUCAGGCCCAUCAAGAAUUAGAUGAAUACAUAAGGGCCUGUGUCCACUAGCAGCAUUUUUCAUUUUUUGGACCCACAAUCAUACGUUCAGAUGGAAAACUUGUUGCAUAUGCAUCAGCCCACGAUCUAGAAAAUUAAUUCUGUAUAAACAAAUGUUUUUCCCCCUCCUAGUUACAGACCUUUGCUUAUGUUGACACAGUUGAAAUGAGAGGUCCUGCCCACCUUGAUUUUCAUUGGUUGGUAAUAGUUAAAUAAGUGAUAUGUUCAUAACUCAGAGUACUUUAAGAACAGACAUAGAAAAACACUUAAUCCAAGGGAGUUUCUAUACUUUGUAAGCUUAAAACUGCUGAAAUGCACAGGUUUUGUACUGAAAAUAGGCCCUGCCAGCAAAAAAAAUGCAGUUAGUAGAAACAGGCCCUUAAAAGGAAUGCGCACUCUAAAAUUUCUUAUGAAUAGACCUGAACACAUAUCCACUUUAUUUGGUAAAUCCAAGGGAGUUUUUAUACUUAAAAAGCUUAAACUGCUGAAAUGCACAGAAUUUCUACUGGAAAUAGGCCCUGCCAGCACAAACAAUACUGUUGGUAGACACAGGCCCUUAAAAGGGAUGAGCACUCUUAUAUUUCUUAUACAUGGACCUGCAGACAUAUCUACUUUAUUUGGAGAGACCUGUCUGCCAGUGCUCGUCCCCCUCUAAGACGUUGCCUCUGUGCUUGUCUCACCCUUCCUCUCUGGUCUUUCAGGGGAAUGUUUACCCCAGUCGAGGGACGUCGCGGAACCCUUUCAUCUGAUCCCCCCUACUCUCCUUACCGCCCAUCCAUCUCUGGGAAACCGGGGGAGGAGUGAACUUGAGGAGUCGCUGCCAUUUCAAUGCCUUUGGAGUAUUUUCACCCCUCCUCUCCUCUCUUGUCCUCUUCUCCUCUCUCCUCUCCCCUCUCUCCCCCCCUCUCUUUUGUCUGUGUUUACGUGUUUGUAGAGGAAAAAAAGAAAACGUGUGAAUGUAAUUAUGAAGUUCAUGUAUGUUCGUGUGAGCGUGCUCCCCCCUACUGUGUCAAAAAAAAGGUGUUUGUGUGCCAGUAGACGCCACCUCAGGGCUCUGUUGGAGUCACGAGUAAAAAGACGCCUCUAUGAUUUUCGCAGAAACACACACAUGUUGCUGCUGCUGCUGCUACUUUGCUUUCAUCUCCUGCUUAAAAAGUGCAUAAAGAACAGUCACUGGUCGAGUCAUCCGUUUGUCUAAGUCACCGAAAGGAAAAGAGACUUUUACUUUUAAUCACAAGUUCCCACAGAUGGUUAAAACAGCCUUAAUCGCCUCCUGAUGCAUGAGAUCGAGAGUUAAUUCAGGUUUCUCUCUCUUGUGGGUUCGUGGAACAUGUUUGUAUUCUUCUCUGUUUCUUUGUUUCCUCUCUACAGGAGAAUCUGUUUUUUUUCCACCCCGAGGCUGCAUGCGCUUAGAGGGCUAAAAGGAGAUGCUACUGAAUGUAAAAGCAAUUUCAGAAUUACUAAAAACGUGUAUAAAAACAUCAUCGCUUCAUGUACCGGACCAAAAUCUUUCUCGCCCUUUUUUUUUUUUUUUUUUUUUUUCUUUUUUGGACAUGGAGGCAAAGUUUGUUUCCUUAAUUUUGCCAAAAGAAAAAAAAAGAGAAGAAAUUCAUGUAACAGCGUCUUUGUUAUGACAAGUAUUCAUGUUCAUAAAAUCAGUUUGUUGCUUCUUAUGA